CGGAUCUCAUUUCUGGUUUAGUUACGGACUAUAAAGUAAUGACUUGGAACUCAGAUGGUUAUAAAUUGCAGCAAGUUUUGGAUUCAUUUUUGAGGAACCCAUCCUUGAGUUUGGCUUUAGUGCAAGAAAGUGGAAAUGUUGCUAGGCAAAACCCAGGCCAAGUCAUUCAACAAAAUUUAGAGUUUACUAUGGCUGAUGGUGAAAAUGCAUUUCAAUGCGCCAAUGAUGGAUAUUAUGAAGUUCGGCAGUAUUUUAAUCAAGGAACCCGUUUAUAUAUUUAUUUUUUCCCCGCAGCCGAAAAUGUUCUACAAAAAUUGGGAUUGACCUUUGUAACCAGGCAACCGGCAACAGAGAUACUAUACUUCGUGUCUCUGCACAAUCACCAAGACUGUUUUGAUCGCCGCGGAAGUCCUUUUAUAAAUCGUCCCAUUCCGGGAUUGGUUUUUGGCAACGACAUUUUUCUUAAUUUCCAUGCUGAACCCUCUGCAAACAACGAAGUUUUAAUUCAACUACGAUCCAUUAAAUCUUUUAUGAGUGUCUACAAACCCAAUGCUUCCUGGAUGCUAGGCGGCGAUUUCAACCGCGAGCCUAGUGGAGUACAAUCUGGUUUGGCCCAAAACCAUGAGCGAUUAAUUCACCCUUCCCAAAAUACUCGCCGUAAUCGCAUAAUAGAUUACUUUAUAUAUGGAUCCGCAGAUCAAAAUAUCUUCGCUCUAAUGAACAGACCUCAUACAGCAACUAUUAAUGCUAAUUUGUUCUCAGACCACUAUGCUGUAGAUUUUAACCCCGCCCCAAGAAGAGUAGUAGGUUAAUAAGUAAGUUAAUAAUAAAUAUAACUUACUCCACACCGUU